GAUUUGCACAGUUCUCAUUAGCUUCUUCUCUUAAUUAAAGCUGUUGCCAUGGCGAUGGAGGCGAGUGAAAGCACUGAGACAACUGGUGGAACCAAACUUUUCGAGAAUAUUUUCAAAUACAAGGGCGUUAAUUUUAUUUGCAACGAAUUCGCGGAUGACCCGAUGAAAAUGGAGAACAUGAAAUGCCGUGACGAUGAUGUCAUAGUUGCUACAUUCCCAAAGAGCGGAACUACAUUCACCCAGGAGAUAACGUGGCUGGUUUUACACGAUGCAGACCCCAAGUCGAGAGACGGGAAAAACUUUGAUGAGCGCAUGCCAGAGAUCGGAUACAGUUACCCCGGUAACAAGUACGUGCCACGGGACGAGAUGGAGUCUCCGCGAAUAUUCAAAACGCACUAUCCGUGGAGAACGCUCCCGCGGGAGGCUAAAGAGAAGAAGUGCAAGAUAAUCUACGUGAGUCGAAACUUUCAGGACGUGGUGGUCUCCGGCUAUUUCAUGGUCAAGGAUCGGUAUCUAGUGCCGAUGCCAGCGGGGAAGGGUGCCAAUGAAACUGCCAAGAGUUCGACAGAUCCUCUUGUUUCGACCGACUCCAUGCGCAGUUACUUUAACCAGAUGGCGUAUGACCAAGUGAUAUUUGGCAACUAUUUCGAUCACAAUCUGGAAUACUGGGAGCAGAGAGACAGCGGCCAUGUCUUGUUCCUGUUCUACGAAGACCUGGUGGAGGACCUGGCAGGGGGCGUGCGGUGCAUUGCUGAGUUUCUAGGCAAACAGUUGAGUGACGAUCAGGUGUCGGCCAUUGUCGCUGAGACGAACUUCGAGCGCAUGCGCACGAACCCGCUCACGAACUGGAAUUUCCUCACGAAGAAUGGACUGCGCGACCCUAACGCUGCACCCAUCAUGCGCAAAGGUAUAGGGCCGUAA